AAAUUCCGCGCGCAUGCGCACUUCACAUGUCUUGCUCAAUGUUUUUGUGUUAGCUCUCCUGCUGCUGUGAAGUAAAGUCCACACAAAAUGGAAACGGCAGGUGUAGUAGUUAGUAUUAUAUGUCUUCUCUUUGCCUCGGUAACGUGCUCAGAGUCGUCACCCAGGCAACUGAAUACGGAAAACAUCCUGAUAAACGUGACAGCAGGGACAGUGGCGGACACACAGUUGCAGGAUUCUAACAACUUGCAGAUCAAUCUAAACAUAUCAGUGGGUGAAGAGCAGGUGCUGGUCAAUGACAUCCCAGUGGAGCUGUCGGGGGUCACCAGGUUCAACUGUCAGGCACUUCUCUUAGACAGUGUCAAUGGGAGCAGUGACUUUGAAUCUGGGGACUUGGUUUCCACUGUCACCCGGGUGAUGGUGAGCCAGAAUCGUCUCUACAGUGACUCAGAGGAGGUGGUGGCUCUGCAGGUGUUCAGUGAAGUCAUAGAGAUGGAGGGCAAAGAGGUCCAGCAGCCUGACAUGUGUGAGGUGAAAAUACUGAUGAGCCCAGAUUUCCAGAAGCUGGCUCAGUUUACCAACAUCUACCCCAUCGGACACAGUGAGAUUUUCAGGGUUCCCAGGGAGAACGAUGUGGUCGUCACAGAUCCACCAAAUCCCAGAAAAGAUGAAGAACAGCUGAUCACCCAGACCACCAGCCAGUACCCCCUGAAGCACACAGAGACCACCCAGGAGGAGACUGCAGCCCCAGGAAAGCUCCCAGAGACUCCGCUCCGCAUGGACCCCGACCUGCUGUAUGAUGUCAGAUAUGAUGAUGAGUUUGAUGACAGAGAGCCGAGCCAGCCGGAUCAGAUUCAGAUGGAAACUCCGCCCAAAGAAAUCAUAUCAUCUUACUCUGCCAUGUGUCAGUGGGUGGAGGAAGUCAGAGAGCGUCUGAGGCGCUUCAGCUCCGAGUCGCUGCCUCUAUUCUUCCUGGUCAUGUGGGUGGUGGUGAUCGGCGUCGUCGGAUCAGCAGUCAUUGUCAAGAUCUUGGACAUGUUCUUCCCAACUUGUGAACACAAGCACAUUUUUCACCUAAACCCUGUCACUCUCAUGCCGGAGGAUGAGAAGCACACUCUGCUGGAGAACGUAGAAAUAGAGGCAGAAGAAGAAGAAGCAGCAGAGAAGAAGCCUUGAGUGAGGAUGACGUGGCCGGCUCCUUUAUUUUCAGUUUGUUCUCAUUUGUUCUUUGGUUACUGUUACACUUUCAGCAUGGCCUGGUUUUGUCGCUAGUUUAUAUUCCGAUUUGUAAAGCAGUUUUUUUUUUAACUUCAGUUUGCCCUUUAAGCACAAUGACCGUGGAGCAGGAGGUGGUUUAAAGCCAUUUGACUGACAAAACUCAAUUUGUUGCCAGUCCACUUCAAAUUUAAUCACGUGAUCAAAAUGGAAAAGAGUGUGAGUGAUUCAUCGUGCUGAGUCUCAGCUGUGAAGGCGCUGAGAGCUGCCGGAGUUGGUAAUCUAGCAGUGUGUCAGCCUGCGUCCGUGCUGUCAGCUCAGUGUUGCACAGAAAACUCUUUGCUCCUGUGAUUGGUCAGAUAGAGUUUGUGGAAAGCCACUUGAACCAAGUCACACAUGACUGUACUUUGUUACUUACCUUUUAAAGUAACUAGCAAUGUAACAAGUUACUUCUUAGAAGAAAUGACCUGAUUGAGUAUUUCUGCUUCACCCUCUUCCAAAACCUGCCGUAGCAACACGGUUUGUUCUUCCAGAUUUGUCGUCAAUAUUGUUUUAAAAUGUAAAGCAAGAAGCAAGUGUCAUAUAGCUCUAUAAGUAGGCAUGGGGCGAUAGAACAAUGUCAUGGCACGAUUUUCCGAACCAAAAUAAUUGUGAUUUACAUUAUUAUCCCGAUAAUCAUCAAAAUAUGUUUAAAACUCUGAAAAUUGCACUUAAAGCAUACUCUCUUUAAUCUCUUUACCUUACAUUUUGAAAUAUAUAUAUAUGUAUUUAUUUCAUCACAGAUGCAUCUUUUUUUUAAUGAUCAACCUUUUUUUGUGAAGAACAGUCUUUAAAAGCCAGGGUUUUCAACUUUUAAAAUGGCACCACAUCUUUCAGUUUGAAAUGCGCCAAUGCUUGAUUAAGUUAAGUUAAAUUCUGAUACCGAUUAUUAGUAAUCAAGGACAAGGCCAACAGAUAUUUGGAACUGAUAUAUAUUUGAAGUAAAAAUGAAAUCUUAAUCUCAAUAUUUAACAUAAUACGAACUCCACAACUUCAACACAAAGCUUUGUUUAAAUGCCUUAAAGCAAUCUAUGUUCAGUUUCUUUGCUCGCAUUGCAGUCUGUCUUCCCUGGUGUUAGUAUGUGUAAUACUCCAAUGGGCCGACUGCACUUUUAGAAACUUUUCUGCAGGGCAACAGAGCAGCUACAGUUUCUGUCCUUGCCGACUGUGGUGCAGUACUACUCAGCUAUCACUCUUGAUGUGUAACCAGUUGUGAAACUAAUAAAAUAGUGCUGUGGGCCGGACAUUGAGCGAGGCAACAGAGUGGUGACUGCAGACAGAGGCAGGCGGCCGCAUCAGAGCCAAAGUAGCACACUUUUCAGAUGGAAAAAAAGAAUGAUUCCAGUAAUCUUAAAAAUCCUCAAUAUCAAUUGAUCCUCAGUGCGUAUGCCAGUUUUUGCGGAGUCUCUUUUAUUGUUGGACACGAUAUUCACGAUCAUCCCAAUAAUGGAAAUUCACCACCAUAAACUCAGUGUUUUUUUUUUCUUUCUUUUUUUUUUUUAAUCACAAUCUGCGAUAAAAUCCAGUAUCGUCCUAUCCCUAUUUAUAAGAUCUCUAAGUGUUUUUUAUUGCAUUCUUGACUUUGGAAAUAGCACUUGACAAAACAAUCUCACCACAAAAUUCUUGUAUCAGCCAUUUCUAUGGAGAUCACAUGAUAUCAAUGAAGGCUUAGAAUUCAAAGGAAUAGUUCAGAAAUUCGGGACGUAUGCUUAUUGGCUUAUUGAUCGAUAGGACGUAAGGAUUACGUUAACGACUUUCUCUGGAUCAGUGACUCGGAUACUUUCAACCAACUCAAAUACAAAGUGUAGACGAGACAUCCUCAUAGUCCUGAAAAAUGGCAGGUUUUGAGGACACAGAAGAAGAGCAUGUAGAAGCACUGUAGGUUUACCAGAUGAAUAUGAACAAACUGAACACUUUAGGGGCUGCAUUCAAUGAUUUACAGUCUUUAUGUUCACUGAAGAGACUUUCUCUACGUAGCAGUCGCGCACAGGUCACCCUUUCUUCUCACACAGUUUUUCCUCUGAAGUUAACCCCCGCUGCUGACAAAAAAUGUGAAGAAAACUAAGGCAGCAAAUGCACUAUGACGAGUUUAUACAACAUAUUUAACAUGAGGCAGGCAAUGUCUCCUAUGCGUCAUCCUUUAAGUGAAGACGAUAAAGCUGUUACAUUUGAGUCCAUUGUUCCAGAUUCAAAUAUAAAUGAAGUGGUAUUUAAUCUAAAAGGAAAAAGAAGCAGAUCUUGUGUCCGCACGUUCAGUGAAAACGGUUUUCCUCGCACACCUCUUUCAAACUCUGAAUGUCGUUACUGAUGAAACACCUCCCUCUAAGGCCUGCUGCCCACUAUUAAGGCUCGUAUAUUGAUUGUCUUUCUUCACAGUGCCUCUGUGACUGUCUUUGGGACCCAAUCAGUAAAGGGGGGAUUAUGUAUUUAAUUUCUUUGACUGAUAAUGCGUGUGGUUUCCUGUUACUAAUCAUGUAGAAUGUAAGUGAGGUCGUUCGGAUUGUCUAUGCAUUCUAGAAGACAAACUAUUGCUGAUGUAAAGUACAGUGUGUGCACAAGUAAUGACCACAAAAUCAACAUGUAAAUUAUCGCUAAAGGAAAGAAUCUGCACUUAGUUUUGAAUAUUGGAGUGGAAACUGGACUUCAACCUGCAUGGAUGUUUUGUCUUUUCUUUUUUUUUUAAAGUGAUUCAGAUUAUAAAUCUUGCAGGUGUCACUCCCAAUGUUUCACUAGACUGUGUGAGGGACCAAACAGGUGGGCACAAGGUUAAAAAAAAGAUCCAAAAAGUUGGUUUUAUUAACCCAAAACUCAAGUCCAAGUGUUUCAACAUGGUUUUUAUGUUAUGUCACAACAUCAGCUUGUGCACCUUAGAACAGCUGAGGUCGUGAUUUCGUUUCCCCAGGGUUCAGUUUAUCUGCAGGAUGCAUGACAUAUUGCGUUAGCAAAAGGUGCAUGUGUAGUCUAGCUAGUGAAUGCAGUUUGCUGCUCUGUCAGCAAGUUAAACUUUAAAACUAGGGAGCAGCAUGAUGACUUUAAACAGCUCAACCUGUACCGGAUUCAGCCUCAAAUUCCAAAUGAAGUCAACACGACAAAGUGCUGUAGAUGACACUACUUUAGCCUGUAAGGCAGACAAUAUGCCAGGCAUGAAUUUUCAGAUGUGUUGCUGAAGAAUAAAACAACAACAGAAAUAUAUUUUGAUUUGCUCUUUGUUUAAAUGGUGGUAGACCCAUGUGUUACUAUUUUGAGACAUUUGUGUGCAUAAAUUGUACGAAUUACAGCUGGACUGUGUAUUUGGGUCUGCUGAUUAAAUGCUUUCUAGACCAUCACA